AUGUCAGGUGGUCGCUGUCAUCUCUCUGUAGUGUUCUUUCCAACUCCACUGAAGCAAAACAGGAAGGUGUAUCAUGGUCUUAUUGUUUAGCCUAGUCUGCAAAACCAUGGUGGCCAAGGUUUGACCUUUUGCACAUUAAUUCAUCCCAAAUGGUAACCUAUAGACUAGUCCCUACAUAGUACACUACUUUUGAAUCGAGUCCUACCCUGGACAAAAUUAGCUAGUGCAUACUGGGAAUUGAGUGUCUUUUGGGAGUGCAACCUUUUACUUUAUUGCGGAACGAGGAGCUGCUGUGACUCAUUUUUAUAACAUGGAACUUGUCAUUUUUACUGUAGGGACGAGGUAAUGAUGCGUUAUACUGACAAACAUGUGACUCCUCUGUAAGACUUCGAUAACUUGUAUAACCUCCUAUAGGCUAAUUGUAGCAAGAGUUACCUUGUCUUUUGCAUUUCUGUUACGCCAGUCGUGUUUGCACUUGUCUGCUAUUGCAAGAGCGACUCAACAACGAUAUGUCAACAUGGGGACAACGGGUCCGAACAUUCGUGACCGUGGAGCCGGUCAUUUUUUUCUACAUGACCAGCACGUUCAUCGUGACGCCUGCGUAUCAACAGCUGGUCAUCGCAAAGGUGUGCUAUGAGCUGUUUCAAGACUCUUACAUCUGCAGCAGCCCAGCGCACCUCAAGGAUGAGGAGGAGCUGAUUGAGGGUCGUUCCUCCUACAUCCUCCUGAUCUACACAUGUGUGACCAGCCUACUGUCCAUCCUUCCAGCCAUGCUGCUAGGCUCCUGGUCUGACCGCUCCAGCCGCAAGGCUGUCAUGCUGCUGCCUUGCCUUAUGUCUCUGGUCAGUGGUGGUGUGCUCAUAGCAAUGUCUCUACUGGAGGACAUUAGUGUGUACUGGUCGCUAGUCGCCGCAGGGGUAACGGGCCUCUCUGGAGGAUACGUCUCAGUAUUCCUUAGCUCGUUUAGUUACUUAGCAGAUGUCACAGCCGGGUUGGGGAGUAACCGUACUCUGCGUAUGGCGGUGGCAGAGUCGAUGAUCUACGUAGGAGGGAUGGUGGGGUUCUUGUUAGUUGGUUUCUUGAUACAGGAGUUUGGGCUGAUGUCUGCAUUUGUGGCAUACUGCUCCUGCCAUGUUCUCUCUGUGCUCUAUAUUCUGGUUUGGUUACGGGAUCCUGAACGCUCAGUCCCACCUCCACCCUCAGGGGAAGAUGGAGACAGACUGCCAUGUGAAGCUGGUGACACUGACACGGAACCAUCAUCCAACCUGUUGUGCCUGUCUGAUGUCAAGAGGUCCUUCAAAGCCAUGUUCAGGAGGAGGCCAGGACAGCAGAGGCAGAAACUCCACCUUCUUAUAGUCUGCACAUUCAUCAACAACCUGGUAGCUGUAGGAGAGCAGGCUAUCUCCCUGCUCUAUUUGAAGUACGAGCCAAGGGAGUUCACAACUGAACUGUAUGGCGUGUUCAAAUCAGCCCAGAUGCUGCUGUUAGGGUUUACCCUGCUGGGGAUCUUCCCACUGCUUAUGAGAGUGGUAGGAGAGAUGACUCUGGCCAAAGUGAGUGUUCUCUUCAGGACAGCAGGCUUAGUUCUAAUGGCCUUCUCCACUAACACAUGGAUGGUGUUUCUAGUGGCUGUGGUGUCUGCCCCUGCUGGCAUCACUCAGGCUGUCAUCCGCUCUCUGUCCUCCACCAUCGUAGAGCCAGACGAACAAGGUGCGAUGUUCUCCUUCUCUGCGUCUGUGGAGACCACAUGUAUUAUGUUUGCAGCGGUGAUGUUUAAUGGCCUGUUCCCUCUGACCCUGCCCACCUUCCCUGGCAUGCCCUUCAUCGUCAUGGCAGGCUUCACACUCAUCAUCUUCAUCUUAAUGCAGUGGAUCAGUGAGAUGCCAGUCACACAACCUCGCCUGGUCAUACAGGACUAAAUUCAGUCCUAUAGUACACCUAGGAUGUGUCUCAAAUGGCAUCCUACUCCCUAUACAGUGCAUAAUAUACGGUAGAUCAGGGCUAUUCAACUCUUACCCUACCAGGUACGGAGUUUUCUGUUCUACCUGAUAAUUAAUUGCACCCACCUGGUGUCCCAGGUCUAAAUCAGUCCCUGAUUAGAUGGGAACAAUGAAAAAAUGCAGUGUAAUUGGCUUCAAUGUCCAGAGUUGAGUUUGAGGGCAGUAGAUGGUACAUUAUACAGGAAAUCAUAUAGAUUUUAAAUUUUUAUAUAUAUAUAUUUAUUUUCCGAUAAAUUAACUGUGAAAAUGGGACAACCCCAUUGCAUUUGAGUAACCCAUAAUGCACGUUUUUAAGUUAUUCUCAUCACACAUGUUCUGCUUCUGCUGUGCUCUGCAGGAAACGGGUAAAGGUAAAUGAAUAAUAUUGCCUCUUCUACCCAUUUCUGUUAUUUCAAUCAACACAUAUGUUUCUUCACACCUGUAAAAUGAUUGCAGCAGAAUUGCUUUUAUGAAUAAAAUUGCAUUAUCAUAA